AGCAGCUGAGCCGCCUCCAUUUCCCUCGGUAACUAUAGCAACAGAUGUAGCGACAACAUCCGGUUUACGUUCGUAGUUAAUAAAGGCGAAAAACAGCGGAAAGUUUGUGAUGACAAAUAGAUCAUAUUUAGCAAACGGCUACUUCACAAUUACAAAUACCAAGUUGUCACGAUGGAAACGAUCAGAGGAAGUUUAGAGGACAUUUCCCGACCUGCUUCGAGUGAGCUAACGACCAGCCGUGCGUCCAGAAGAUGUCCCGAUGUCCAGAUCCAGAUGAGCUCUGAGGAGACUGCAACCAGCUCCUCAGCCUGUGGUCCUGACCAAGGUCUGUGUCACUCUGACAUCACGGAUGGAGAUCCAGAAGUUCAGAGAGCUAUGGAGGAAAUGAGACGUCUUGAUGAAAUACUGUCUGUAAAGAUCUGCAGAGAAAAAGAAGUCAAGCGUCAGAGAAAAGAACACCAAGCCAAACUCUGGCAAGAUCUCCAGCAGAAUAAACCCAAAAGUCACUCUGAAUGUGCUCAUGAAGCUUUGAACACAAAGUUGUUUUUAGCCCUGGAAGAAGGGAGUGGGAAAAAGGAAGAAGAACCAAAGGAGGACAACUAUGUGCCUGUCUUUGAAACCCAGGUUCCUGACAGUGACCGUGACAGACAACGUUUGGAGCAAAGUUAUAAGAAGCCAGAGAACUUCACGGACUCAUCGGAGACUGGGGACGAGCAAUGUAAAGACAGCCACUGUGGAGCUUCCAGAGGCAAGAAGAAACAGAGGGACUUUGUCAAGAGAAACAUUGAGCUAGCAGUUGGUGAUGGGGACCAAAUGCUUUUGACCCAGGCUGAGAAACAGCGUCUGGCCGAGCUCCUCCAACUAAUAGACGAAGAGGAAGAGGACGUUGCCAGAGGCGCAGACAGCGAGAAGGGAGAGGCUGGAACUCCACGGAUGGGAAGUAUCCCCGCAGACCUUGCCUGCUUGGAGGACAUGUGGGCGGUGUCAGACCUGACAGGACACGUUUACACCCCAGUGCCCUCUGACCUGGAGCAGCUGAGUGACAUUGACUCCAAAAUCCGCCUUCUCCUCCCUGUUGAAGAAUUUGUCUCGGUGCAAAGUUCCUACACAAACAUCAGCGUGGCCCAGGGCCGCGGUUCAGAGGUUGGCUGGAAGUGCGAUUGGGACCCGCAGCCAGGAGAGAAGGUCCUGCAGGAUAGAAAGGAGAGGAGAGGGCUGGAGAGGCAGCUCCAAGAGAUCCAACAGCAGCUGGAGAUCCUGGGCCACAGCCCAGAGAUGACUAACGAGUCUGCAGACCUCACGGAGGAGGAGCUACUCAGACUGCUGGAGGAAUGUGAGCUGACUGAGUGUUGGAGCCCGCAGCUGGAGACGACUGACACGACAUGAUGAGACCCUUCAGAAGACACACUGACCGCUUCAAUCUGAAGCAUAGACUGUAUGAUCUGAAGCCUUGUUAUCAGAGAGUCCGUCUAAAAUGUUACAUCUUGGCUGGGACGUCGAGAGACACAUGUAACAGCUCUAAGAUUUAUGGAGAUAUAACUAACAUGUCUUAUAGCCAUUUACAUAAAAUGACAAAGAACAAACAUGAUUCACAAUGUGUCAGUAUUAAUAAACUUUUUAUCCUAA